GCUGGGUAAUCUCGCGGGGUAGCGAUUUUCACAACGCGCGGUGUUCAUUUCAGUAUGUGUUUCGAUGUCGACGUGAUUAUUUGGAACCUGCAGGAUUGGGUCAGCUGAAAAAAUAAGCUGCCAUUCAACGUCUUGUUUUUCUGCCACCAGAAACGAGUGAAAGUGAAUGCGAAUAAUCGUCGCGAUACAGUCAUUGUGUAAAGUGUUGACGUGUUAAUUUCCCAGUGGAUUUCCAAAAGAAAAAAAAAAUAGCUCGGGCGAACAGCUUGUUGGGGAUUUAAGGUGCCAGCUCGGGAUAAGUGGGCAGUUAAGAAAAGUUAUCCAGUCUGAUAGCAUCUUCUUGCAAAGUGAAUUAUUUAUCAUCCCAGUGAAUGAAAUCAGCGUGAAGAGUUGAAUGAUAAAUUUGUGUUGUACCUAGAGUAUAAAUAAUAACAAUCGCAGACUGAGCAACAAAUGAAUGGAGCGACAAUGUCAGUGUCAAUGGCAUCGAGUCGCAGAGCAUCUUCCGGCCAUUUAUGCCGACUCCAGUGCAUAAUUGUUAGUUUUGUGGCCCUGCUAUGCGUAGUUAACUAUUCCAGUGGAUCGUUUUACACCCAGGGAGACGACCUUAGCAAAGACAGAUUUUGCUUUUGUCAGCUGCAGGGAACGAUUGACGAUUGCAGUUGCAACGUGGACACAGUGGAUUUUUACAAUAACGUCAAGAUUUUUCCGCGGUUGCGUAGUCUUCUAGUCAAGGAUUUUUUCCGUUACUAUAAGGUGAAUCUCAUGAAGGAAUGUCCAUUCUGGGUCGACGACAGCAAGUGUGCUAUGCGAUUCUGUCACGUAGAGCAAUGCGAAGAGAAAGACAUCCCACCGGGGCUGAAAGGAGAUAUGUCUUCCUACCAUAAGUACCUAAAGGAAGUACAAACUCUGACGAAUUGCAACGAAGAUUUGGAUAAAGAGCUUGGUUUCUUAAAUACCAGUAUUAGUGAUAAGGCUCAUCAAGAGUUCCAAAAAUGGGCGGACUAUGACGAAGCUCAGGACAAUUUUUGCAUAUCGGAUGACCACGAACCUGGUGCGGAGUAUGUGGACUUACUAUUGAAUCCGGAAAGGUACACCGGAUACCGAGGGGAGUCGGCGAGAAGAAUUUGGAGUAGCAUUUAUUUGGAGAACUGCUUUCAGUCCCAUUCUGUUCGUCGUAAGAAUCCGUAUGCUGCCAUGAUUCCAUACCACGAUAUGACCCAGAACGAAGUAUGCCUCGAGCACCGUGUAUUUUAUCGAAUGAUCUCCGGGCUCCAUUCCAGUAUAAACAUCCACUUGAGUGCCAACUACCUUCUAUCGGAGAAAACCUCUUUGGGAUUCGUUUCUCCAACGGGAGUGUGGGGCACAAACAUGGGAGAGUUCGAGCGAAGAUUCAGCCCUCAGACCACCGACAACGAAGGCCAGCACUGGCUGAGGAAUUUGUACUUUGCGUAUCUCGUUGAACUGCGGGCUUUAGCCAAAGCUGCACCAUAUUUACGCAAUGAAGAAUAUUUCACUGGACGUGAGAAAGAGGAUCGCGAAAUAAGAGUUGCGGUAAAAGAUCUGCUUAACGUGAUUGAAGGCUUCCCAUCACAUUUCAACGAAUCGGUUAUGUUUAGUGGAGGAACUUCGUCGGUCAAAGUUAAAAAUGAAUUUCGCGAGAAAUUUAUGAACAUCUCGAAAAUUAUGGACUGUGUUGGCUGUGAUAAAUGUCGGCUAUGGGGAAAACUACAGGUUCAAGGAAUGGGAACAGCACUGAAAAUAUUGUUCUCUGGCAAAUUUGACAGCGAUGUUGAAUCGGGUUUCGAAACUAAACUAAGGCCAAGCCAUCCCCAGUUUAAGCUCAAACGAGCUGAAAUAGUAGCGUUAUUUAACGCAUUUGGAAGACUUUCGACAAGCAUACAUGAGCUGGAAGAAUUCAGGCGGCAAAUGCGGUGAGCAAUUUUGUAAUAUGUGUAGCUAAAUCAACCAAUUACCAGACUGGCAGUGAACCGAUAACAGUGAUACAGGUGCUUACACGGUACGCUAAAGUUAAAAUAUACCGGGUGUCAAUUGCAAUGUACGGCAGUCCAUCAACGCUCUAGAAAAUGGAUAAAAAAAAAACCUAUUUAAAUUCUACACAAACUAUCCUAAGCUCUGUGUUGUAGGUUUAGGAUGCGGAUCCUAACUUAAACAUUCAAGUAAUUGAUGUGUGUACAAGUUGUUAUUAGUGAGAAAGAAUGCAUGUAUGUAAUUUAUACAGAAGAGAGAUAUUAAUGGUUUUGUAAAUAAAAUU